AUGUUCAACGCACUCAACCGGUUUAUUUCCCGCCUGGACUCGGAUUCUCCAACCCAGAAUUCCACCCAUGGAGCUUUUGGUUUCCAAGUGCUACGCAACAAGUCUCCAGAGCUCGGAAUUGAGCCUUGGUUUGACUUCAUAGUUGGGAUCAAUGGGAGAAUGAUCGAUGACUCGGACCCGACUUUGUUUGGUCAGGAAGUUCGCAACUGUGCUGGUAGUACAGGCCAAAAGACAAGAACCCUUCACAUUCCCAUUUCUGCCAACCAACCAUCACUUGGUCUCGCCCUGCAAUGGACUUCGCUUUCCGCAGUAACCAACAUUUGGCAUAUUCUCGACGUACCAGCCAACUCACCAGCCGAUCUCGCAGGUCUUCUACCAUAUAGCGACUACAUUCUAGGCACACCUGAAGGAGUCUUGCACGGCGAGAGUGGUCUUGGGGAGCUAGUCGAGGACCAUAUCGGACGACCUCUACGCCUAUACGUGUACAAUAACGAAUACAAUGUCACCCGAGAAGUUACAAUCCAUCCCAGCAGAGAUUGGGGCGGAGAGGGGGCUUUGGGAUGUGUAUUGGGAUAUGGAGCUCUUCACAGACUACCUGCACCGCUCAGUGAGCCCCUUGCUGGGCCCGGAGAGACGCUGUUCGAGACAGAGAAUGCACGAUUCUCAAAUGAAGAGCCUAGAACACUUUCUGGAAUCGGGGGCGGUGACAUUUUUGUCCCAGCAGCCACUUCUGAUCCUUCAGAACUGCUAAUUCCAGCACAGUUGGCCGCGGGUCCUCCAAGAGCUACGACUCCGGCUAAGAAAAAGGAGAGGAAGUAUGGGCAUAGUCCUAAUAAUGGGUUGGAUGAUUAUUUCAUGGAGGGGGAGAAGAAGAGUAGAGAGCUGGAUCAUGCGCCGGGCGCAAAGAGCACGCCUCCACCACCACCUCCCAAAGCUGGUGGUCCGCCCAAGGCUGGGGGACCCCCUAAGGCGGCAGUCGUGGAGGAGACAGCAACAGCAGAUGCAAAUGAUAGUGGUGUAGAUUAG